AUGGUACAAUUUGCUCAAGAACACAAACUGAAAAUAACCAACACCGUCUUCAGUAAAAAUCAAAAUCAAAGAUGGACUUGGCGCUCGCCAGGUGGCAGGACGAAAAACGAAAUAGAUUACAUUCUAAUGGAGGAACAAAACAUAAUAAAGAACGUACAAAGACAAAUUCAAAUAAGAACUACAGAAGCAACUACAUCAAGCAAAUGUCAAUACAAAACAAAACACUCAAGAAAUGUAAAUGCACUAGAAAAAUGCAUAUACCAAGCUCACAAGGACACAAGCAAAGACGAGCAAAUGAAUAAAAGUAGAAGCAAAUUAAGUCAGAACAGGAAUAAAGAAGAAUACGCAAAACAAGACAAAAUAACGAAAAGGGAAAUACGGAAAGAUAUCCCCAAGCACCGAUCAGCAAUAACGAGACAAACACUAGAAACAAACAAAUCAAUUAAAAAAGCGAGGAUAAGCGCCCAGAGAGGAAAAAAAUGGAUACUAGGAACGAAGAAUCAGGGGGGAGAACAUUUAAACACAAAAGAGGAUACAAACAAAUCAGCAACGGAAUUCUACAAAGCAAUACACACGAGUUCUCUACCAAACAAAGCCACAGACCGAAACCCUGACGAUCCAGACCCAAACACCACUGAAAUAAUACCCACUAUCAUACACAGCGAGGUUAGAACAACCAUCACUGAAUUGAAAAAUAGAUAG